CUAUUACCUAACCAAAAACAAAAGAACAAAGAGGGAGCAUAUCUGUACAGUAGCGAUUGCGACCAAGCCAGAAACCAACAAAUCUCACCCUCUGCUGGGUCCUAUUUCAACAUAAAUAUAAUCAAAUCCUAGGUGACAAAAAGAUUGGGCAGGGAUGGGAGAUGGUGAAAGAACCGGGAUGCAUGACCUGAAUAUGGCUUCAAGAAAAGCUGAAGAAGCUGCUUGGAGGCGAUACCAAGCAGUGAAGUGGAUCGAGAGCCUAGUAGGCCCAGUUGGUUUUUCCAGUCGACCAUCAGAGAGAGAGUUCAUUUCUCGCUUGAGAAAUGGCCUGAUUCUGUGCAAUGCCAUUAACAAGAUCCAGCCUCAGGCAGUGCCAAAGGUCGUGGUUGUGGAGAAUCAUUCACCUUUACAAUCAAUCACCCGAGAAUCACAGCCAUUACCGGCCUAUCAAUACUUUGAGAAUGUUAGGAAUUUUCUCGUAGCAGUUGAAGAAUUGAAGCUGCCUGCCUUUGAAGCUUCUGAUCUGGAAAGGGAUACGUUGGAGCUGGGGUCAGUGAGCAAGGUUGUUGAUUGCAUAUUAGCCCUCAAAUCAUACCAUGAGUGGAAGCAGACAAAUGGUGGGAAUGGGUUUUAUAAGCAUGUGAGAUCGCCAAUGGUUAUGCAUUCUACAAGUUCAAAGCGAUCUCAACCCUUGGCUGUCAUCUCAUCAGACUCUCGCAGACGCUUGGACAUGUCUCCUACACCUGAGAAACCAUUACCUGCUGUUGGUGGACAUCAAAAAUUUGAAGAUCUAAUUGCAAAGGUCCUUGCUGAACAUAUGGCUGACGGAAAGGAAAAUAUUGAUGAAAACUUUCUUGUUGCCUUCAGUAAUCAAAAUCUGAUGAAGUUCGAAGAUUGUCUGAAGGAAGAACACGGCUCCCCUGCCCACACAACAUCCAUUCCUGUAGAGGAUAGAUCUCUCCUUGGAGAUUCAAAGUGUUGUGGAGCUUGCUUGAGAAAGGGUAACUGCAAUCACAGGCAGUUAUUUCAAAUGCAAGAAAAGGAACUUCAGGAUCUAAGGUCAUUGUUGUCAACUACAAAAAGGGAGUUUGCAGACCUACAGUCUCAGUUGGAGACAGAUUUGAGAGAGCUUAGCAGUCAAGUAGAAGAGAUGUCCACCGCUGCUCAAGGAUAUCACAAAGUAGUGACAGAGAACAGAUAUCUUUACAACAUGGUUCAGGACCUGAAAGGAAAUAUUCGAGUUUACUGCAGAAUUAGACCUGCUUUCAAUGCUGAAGCUAGGAAUGCUAUAGAGUAUAUUGGAGAUGAUGGAUCACUAGUGAUUUUAGACCCAUCAAAGCCUCAAAAAGAUGGACGGAAAGUUUUUCAGUUCAACAGGGUUUUUGGUCCCUUAGCUACCCAAGGUGAGGUAUACACAGACACCCAGCCAUUAAUCAGGUCUGUGAUGGACGGUUACAAUGUAUGCAUUUUUGCUUAUGGUCAAACUGGAUCUGGAAAAACUUAUACCAUGAGUGGUCCAUCUGGUGGAUCGGCUGAGGAUAUGGGAAUUAAUUACCUAGCUCUCAAUGACCUCUUCAAAAUGUCAAAUAUUAGGGAGGACAAUAUAAGUUAUGAUAUUCAAGUUCAAAUGGUUGAAAUCUACAAUGAGCAAGUACGAGAUCUUCUUGCAGAAGAUUCGUCAACCACCAAGUUAGAGAUUCGAAGCUGUACUAGUGACAAUGGUUUGAGUCUUCCAGAUGCUACUAUACAUUCUGUGAAGUCUACUACUGAUGUUCUCAAUCUGAUGAAACUUGGUGAGGUUAACCGUCUUGUCAGUUCUACCGCAAUGAAUAACCGGAGCAGUCGUUCUCACAGUGUCUUGACAGUCCACGUGCAAGGCGAGGAUACAUCUGGAGGCAUUAUACGAAGUUGCCUACAUUUGGUAGACCUUGCAGGUAGUGAGAGGGUUGACAAAUCAGAAGUUACAGGAGAUAGGCUUAAGGAAGCACAGCAUAUCAAUAAGUCUCUCUCUUGUCUUGGAGAUGUAAUCACAGCUUUGGCUCAGAAGAAUUCUCAUAUCCCUUACAGAAAUAGUAAACUCACACUGCUGUUGCAAGACUCAUUAGGUGGGCAUGCUAAAACAUUAAUGUUUGCUCAUGUGAGUCCGGAAGGAGAUUCUUUCGGGGAAACUGUUUGCACAUUGAAGUUUGCUCAAAGGGUUUCCACAGUUGAACUUGGUGCAGCCCGUGCAAACAAAGAAAGUAGUGAAGUUAUGCGGCUCAAAGAACAGAUUGAGAGUCUUAAGAAGGCUUUGGCAGACAAGGAAGCACAGAGUGCACAGUUCGGUAAAAUGAAGGAACUAAGAUCUCCGCGUGAGAAACCAAAAGUGAUGAUUGAUCGAACUCCUCCUCGUGCCCGUAGACUGAGCAUUGAGAAUUGCAGCACCACAAAAAAUGUCAAACCAAAAGCAAUGACUGCUCUAACUCCUCCACAUGUUUGUAGACUGAGCACUGAGAAUUGCAGCACCACAAAAACUGUGAAACCUAUGAAUUCUGAUUGUGGAAAAGUUCUAAAAACAUCUACUAUACCAGCUAGAGACCGAAGAUUAAGUUUGGAAGGUCCAAGAUAUGGCCCAAAGGAUAAUGUUUCACGUAGCAUUAGCAAGCCAUCUGAGAAUUCCAACAAUGGCAGUUCAAUGAUGGAAAUUUAUCAUCCUAGGACUCCUCUUAGCCCCACUACUAUUCCCAAUCAAAUAGAUGUUCUCAGAACAGAUGGUAAGACUCGUAUUCCAACUCUUCAGCUGCCAAAGACACCAGAACGACAAGCACAUGCCACAAAUGAUGUCGAGAUUGUGAUGCAUAGUGAACUUACUAUUUCUGCUAAUUCACGGAAAGGCAAACUGAUUAGCAGCACAAAUGGAAAAGGUUCACAAAUCAGAAAAUCCCUACGAACCAUUGGGAAGCUGAUCAGUGGGUCUGAGAAGAGGAACCAACAGAAUGAGAGGCAAGCAGACCCACCCGUCAGUGAGACAAACAAUCCUAAAUCACGAACAGUCACAGCUAAUGCAAGAGCAAUGAGGAGGCAAUCACUUACUGGAAUCCAAUCAUCUCGAAGAUCCUCUCUUGGAGAUGCCGAUGACAGUAGGAGGAAUGCAAAGACACCUCCUCCAGUGUGCUCAUCAACAAAAAUGGCAAAGCCAUGGAUGUAGAUCACUUCACAGAAAGCAAAGAACUCUACCAAUGGUGCUUUGACUCGAAGCAUGUCCAAAAGCUGUAGUAAGGGAGUUUUCAAAGAUUGAGCAACAAUAGAUUCAUGUACACUUGAAUCUCAAUGGAGCAAACUAUGCUGAUAGACAGGUGGUUAGCUUUUUUUCAUUCAGUAGGAGGCUUUAGGCUAAAAAAGGGAAAGGCCCUUUUGCAUUAUUAUUUUUGCAUGAUUCAUUAAGAAGAAAUUCUUUGUGGACCAUCCGAAUUUUCUCUUCCUAAUAAAAGUGCUCAUUUUCAACCAAAAAUGUAUCAUCUUAAGUGUUACAUUUUAUGAAAAACCGCAUAUCAUACUGUCCAGCGAGAAUAGUUAAAUAUUAAGCUUGAUGUCAUCAUGAUAGAGAAACAAAGGACUUAUUUGCAGAAGAGAAC